AUGGAACCAGGAUUUCGUGACAAUAUUCUUUCAAAAACUAUUAAGGUUAUUGUUAUUAUCAUCUAUAUUAACUCAUGUGCAAGUAAGGAAAUUAUCCGAGAAACAAAAUUCGGUAAAGUACGUGGAUACAGCAGUUUGUCUUCACAGAUAUUUACUGGAAUACCUUAUGCUGCUCCUUCAAAACGAUGGGAAGCUCCGACAAGUCCAGGACCGUGGAACGGGACUUUAGAUGCCACAAAGUUGAAGCCAAUGUGCUACCAAGCAGAAAAUUGCGCAGCGGUAAAUCCAGUAGGGACGUGCCAAGCAGAGGUAUCAGAAGACUGUUUGUAUUUAAACAUCUUUGCGCCAUUAGAUACAACAAAAAGAUCAAGAAAAGCUGUCAUGUUGUUUAUCCAUGGCGGUGGAUUUGAAUUCUCGAGUGGCGGGGCUGACGUGUACAACGGUGAAGCAAUUAGCAGUAAAGGAGAUGUAAUCAUUGUGACCUUUAAUUACAGGCUUGGCGCGUUCGGGUUUUUAGUUACGGGAGACGGAAACAAUGAUAUAACUGGUAAUUAUGGCAUUCUAGACCAGAUCCAAGCACUGAAUUGGGUACAUGAAAAUAUUGGUGACUUCGGAGGAGACAAUAACAGGAUAACAUUGUUUGGCCAAAGUGCUGGUGCUUUGUCCAUAGCAACACAUAUGACAUCAAGGAGUCUUGCACAUUUAUUCCAUAGAGUUAUUAUCGAGAGUUCACCGUUUACCAUUCCCUUGAAACCAAUGGAUGUUGCCGUCAGCCAAGGAAAAGACUUUGCUCGUUUGUUGAACUGCUCAGCACGAAAUGUAUCGUGCUUAAGGUCAAAAUCGGCCAGUGCUAUUGCAACUGCCCAGGGUAUAUAUUUCCAGCAAGCUAUGUUCUCUGACAGUUAUCUGCGAAAGUUUCUUCCUUGGAUACCGCAUAUUGAUGGGAUUACUAUUAUAAAUGGCGUGAUAGAAGCGUUUAGUAGCCGUUCAUUUGUUCCCAAAGCGACAAUUAUAGGUUCUACGUCAGAAGAAGGCCAAAUGUAUGUAUAUCUGGGGUUUGGAAAGCCUAUGUCUGCUUUAGAAUAUCGAAUAUUAUUAAUUGGAGUUAGGCCGAAUCAUUCGUCGCGUGUGUAUAAAAUGUACAAGCCAACAAAUACUUCUGAUGCUCGAGCAAGGCUCGCUGAACUUACAACAGAUUUUGUGUUUUACUGUUCAACACGUGCAGUAGCCCGUUCUAUAUCUCAGUUUGCACCGGUAAACCUGAUCACACUCUACACCCCGGACCUGAUCACCCUCGACACCCCGGACCUGAUCAUCCUCCACACCACGGACCUGAUCACUCUCGACACCCCGUACCUGAUCACCCUCGACACCCCAGACCUGAUCACCCUCGACACCUCAGACCUGAUCACCCUGGACAUCCCAGAUCAGAUCACCCUCGACACCCCGGACCUGAUCACCCUCGACACCCCGUACCUGAUCAUCCUCGACACCCCAGACCUGAUCACCCUCGACACCUCGGACCUGAUCACCCUGGGCAUCCCAGAUCUGAUUACCCUCGACACCCCGGACCUGAUCACCCUCGACAUCCCAGACCUGAUCACCCUCGACACCCCGGACCUGAUCACCCUCGACAUCCCAGACCUGAUCACCCUCAACAUCCCAGAUCUGAUCACCCUCGACACCCCGGACCUGAUCACCCUCGACAUCCCAAAUCUGAUCACCCUCGACACCCCAGACGUGAUCAUCGUCGACACCCCAGAGGCAUCCCAGACCUGA